AUGGCAUCCCCUUUCCGUACUCCUCGCCGGUCCAUGGCGGGACGUCAAUCGGUGACUGGCAAGGUUGGAACGAAGGCAAAGGCCGUGGAUUUGGUGACGGGCAAAGCAGUCGUCGAAUAUUUUUUUGAUCCCACGCUGAUAAUGCCUUCCAACGAAUCUUUUAACGAUAGUACUACAUCUUUCAGGACCCCCUCUUCCAGCAAAAGCCUAGGCAAAAAUGGAGCGGAUGACGAUGCACUGUAUGCUUCCAAACAUCUAUUUAUACCCUGUACCAUUAUCAAGCGACUGGAAGAUGAUGGCAAAACGACAAACACCGAGCCCUAUGAUGGGCCAACCCUGGUCAAAACGUCGGAUGGGAGUCUACACAAAAUCUACUCUAGUGCCAAGUUGACGGCACUGACAGCACCUGACGAUUACAUGGGACUAGACGACAUUCUUCAUCUACCUCAUGUCACGGAAGCGAGUCUGUUGCAUACCCUGAGAAUCCGAUACAAAAGGGACGAAAUCUACACAAGUGCAGGACCAAUUCUCAUCUCGAUCAACCCCUAUCGAAUAAUCAACUUGCCCAAUGGAGCAUCACUCUACUCGGAAGAACUCAUGUUGAAGUAUAGAACACAAGGGGAUUUUUCAACCGACAAACCACCACAUCUAUUCCAAGUUGCCGAUCGGGCAUAUGUUGCCAUGAUGGAUUCGGUUCACCCUAGUAUGGAAUUCAAGCACAUGGAUGAUGAAGAUGCCAUGAUGUUGACCGAGCACCAUGUUCCUCCUGGGAGAGCACGAAAUCAGAGUAUUAUCAUUAGUGGUGAGAGUGGUGCUGGGAAAACGGAAGCCACAAAGUACAUUAUGAAGUAUCUUGCACGCAUCACCAAAAAGUCCAAAAGCUCUUCGUCCAAUCCCCUCAUGAGCCCUGAUGGGAAAAUGAUUGCCGCCCUCGAGGACCGCGUUCUCUCCUCCAAUCCACUGCUCGAAACAUUUGGAAAUGCCCAAACCCUUCGAAACGACAAUUCAUCUCGAUUUGGAAAGUACAUUCACAUCUUCUUCAAUACACAAACCGGUGCCAUCACCGGUGCCUCCUUAUCCAACUAUUUGCUCGAAAAGACUCGUAUCACCCAACAAGUCGAUGGUGAACGAAACUACCACAUCUUUUACCAGCUAUUGGCAGGAGCUGACGCGGAAAUGUUGGCCGAUAUGGGACUCGAAGGUGGGUCGGAAGCAUUCAAUUAUCUAGGGAACCGAUCGGACACCAUCAGGACCGACGUGGAUGCCGAUGCGUUUGCAGAAACGCGCGAGUGUUUGUCACGGAUAGGUCUCUCGGAGGAAGAACAGCUGGCAGUCUUUCGCAUUGCAGCCGGUGUGUUGCAUUUGGGAAAUGUGCAGUUUGAGGAAAAGGGGGAGUCCGGCGAACCGGGCCACAGUGAACAUGCCACAAUUUCCGAAGCUAGUAAGCCCAGCUUGACCAAGGCGUGCGAGCUCCUCGGAUUGGACGAGGCAAAAGUUGCAGAUGCAAUCUUGACAAAAAACAUUAUCGUUGGCGGAAAAACGAUCAAAAAGGCCCAAACUGUCGCCAAUGCCGCGGAAAAGCGUGAUGCUUUUGCCAAGUUGGCAUAUUCCUGUGCGUUUGUUUGGCUCGUCAAUUGCAUCAAUGAAACAUUGGACAGAACAUCCAACAGCAAGGAAGUUACCGAAGCGACAAAGAAGAAGGCUGUGGGGGAUGCCGCGGUCGCAGAUGAGUCAGUGUUCAUCGGAGUGUUGGAUAUUUAUGGCUUUGAGUGCUUUCAAGAGAAUGGCUACGAACAACUUUUGAUCAACUAUUGCAACGAGAAGCUACAGCGGCAGUUCAAUGAAAACGUGUUCACCGUGGAACAGAAUCUCUACACUUCAGAAGGAAUUGACUGGACGUACAUCACCUUCAACGACAAUCGACCUUGCCUGGACCUGAUUGAGGGGGGAGGAGGAACGGUUGGAAUCCUCAAUACACUGGAUGACGCAUGGGGUGGUAUGGGAAACGCAGGUGAAAAGGACAUCAAAUUUGUGAACCAACUUCACAAGACGUACGGAAGCACUCCAGGGACCGAGGUGAAGAAGCAACAGAAGAACGGUCAACGGUCACAUGAUUACUUCGUAACGCCAAAGUUUGGAAAAGACAAUCAGUUCGUCGUUGUCCACUUUGCUGGAGAGGUGCGAUACACUGUAGACGGCUUUGUAGAAAAGAACAUGGAAACUUUGAGCAACGAACUGCGUUCAGUAGGAUAUGACUCGACAAUCUCUCUGGUCAGCGAUGUUUUUGCGUCCGGCGGAGUUGGUGGUGUCACCGGACCGUCACCCAAGCGGUCAACUAUUCGAGGUGUCAGCGUCGGCUCUCAGUUCCGCGCAUCUCUGCAGAUUCUUGUUGCCGAUCUUGAGAAAACCCAGCCUCAUUACAUCAGGUGCAUCAAACCAAACUUACAGAAAUCACCAAAUGCGUUUUCAUCGGGAGAGGUACUGAAGCAGCUGCGAUACUCCGGCAUGAUGGAAGCAAUUCGCAUUCGUCGAGAAGGCUAUGCACUGCGAGAAGACCAUGAGAGCUUUUACAAUCGCUUCAGUGUCUUGCUCAGUCAGGAAGACAUGCAGGGUGGUUCAGGCAUUGAGCAUUUGGUGAAGGUCCUCUCGAAGCGCCUCUCGGUUACUGACGCAGAUUGGCAGAUUGGGCACUCAAAAAUUUUCCUACGGCGAGAACUAUCAGAGAAGCUCGAGCGACUCGCAACUUUGCGCGUUCAUAGGGCUGUGAGGACGAUUGGGAGGUUUGGCAAACGCGUCGCAACAACUCGAGUUAACCGUCUGCUAGUUCCUUGGAUUCGGUUCCGACUCCACAUGAUCCGUUUGUAUCGAAAGCGACGGGCAGCGAACAAAGUAGCCGCGGCCUAUCGAGGUUACGCGCAAAAGAAACGCUACGCUGCUGUUCUCGUUGCAGUGAUCAAGUUGCAAGCGCUUCAGCGUCGAAAGGCUGCCAUCACCUAUGCACAACACCUUCGGGAUCCUUAUCUGGGAAUGACGUUCAAGGAUGUAAAGCGGCUGCUGGCACAAGAGCAAAACCGGCUUGAAGCUGCAGUCAAAGAAAAAGAUUUCAAGCUUGCUGCAGAGUUGGAAACAAAGAUCGAUGAAGUGAAGGAAGUUUUAGAGGCAAAGAGACCUCUUACUCGUGCGGUGCUCGAAGAGCGCAUUGCGCAGGCAGAAAAAGACUUUUCUGAAGCACUCUCCCGCAAAGAAUAUGCAGCUUGCGAUCCUUUGCAGCAGCAAAUCAACGAGCUUAAGGCGAAGCGAGAAAUGUUGCCGACGCUUCAGGAACUCAAGGAUGGACUUCGGGCUGCCGAAGAAGCCGUUGCCCUGGCUGCUUCCAAGCGAGACUUUUCUGGUGCUGCUGAAGCGCAAGCAGCCGUUGACACUGCAAAACGUCGCUUGGAAGAGGCGAUGGCCAAUGAGAACGAGACUGAUGGCGAGGACGAGGCGGGAGAGCCGAAAGCAGGUGAAGCCGGUGAUUUUGAAAUUGAUGGAGUCAAAUCUAGGGCUCAGCUUGAAGAGCAAAUAUCCGAAUUGCACAAAUCAAUUGACAGCGCAAUCAAUGCGAAGGACUUCAAGACGGCUUCUUCCUUGCAGCAGACUUUAGAGUCAAAGGAAUCCUUUCGAAAGUUCUUCCCUUCACUGCAGGAGCUGGAAGACAAAAUGAUCGCGUUGAAGAAGGAACUUGAAGGAGCAAUUCAGAAGAAAGCUUUUGCCGAUGCAGGAGAGCUUCAUAAUCAAAUCGAUGCUCUCGCAGCCAAAAUCGAGCAAGAAAAGUCUCAGAUGAAAGAUGCCGAUCCUCUCUCGGGUGAAACUGCAAGCAGCGGUGCAACCGCAGUUGGGCUGGACGGGCAGACGAAGACUUUUGAAACACGAGCCGACCUGGAAGAUGAGCUGAUGGCAGUUUCGGCAGAGGUAUCCAAGGCGGUGGCUUCCAAGAAUUUUGCAAAGGCUGAAGAGCUUCAUUCAUUGACGGAAGAGCUUGAAGGGUUUCGGAAGACCCUUCCCACAAUUUCGGAAAUCGAAGAGAAGUUACGAGCAAGCCGCAAAGAGUUUGAAAACGCGGUCGCACAAAAGGAUUUCUCGGGCGCAGACGUAAUCAACAAAAGCAUAGAGACUCUCGAAACGAAGCUGAAAAAGGAGAAAGAGAAGCAACCUAAGCAGCCCAUGCCUUCCCUGCAACCAAAAGUGGCUGUCAUGGCAAAUGCCAACUCGAAGCAGAAGGCCUCUGUUGCCCCCCGGGCCAAAGUCGCCGCGAAGGCGGGGGCGCCCGUUGUUGCCAAGUCAGCCAAGGCACCAGUCGCUUCCGCAGCAAACUGGGAUGCACAAAGUGUUCAAUCAAUGCCUGUAGUGAAGUCCUCUGGUGUGCCAUCCGAUGCGCAAAGUAUUCAUUCUGUGCCAGUCAAAAGGUCAACAAAUGCUACAAACCCGACUCCCAAGACGACUCGAGCUAGACCUGUCUCCAAGUUGCGACCACGGAAACCUUUGAUAUCAUCAUCGACUGACAGCGUUCUUUCAGUCGUAAAGGAGCUCUCCACCAGACGAGGGGAUGCUUCGCUGGUGGUGGAUGCAAAAGGAGGAUUGUGUGGUAUCUUCACCGAUGUGGACAUCACAAGGCGUGUUGUUGCAAAGGAUCUCGAUGCCAAGGCAACUGCUGUCUCAAACGUAAUGACGCCGAAUCCAACUUGUGUUUCCUUGACUGACUCCGCACUUGAUGCAUUGACCACAAUGAUUGAAAACCAUUUCCGCCACUUGCCGGUUGUUGAUGCGUCUGGAGCUGUGAUCGGCCUUUUGGAUAUUGCAAAGUGUCUGAAUGACGCCAUCAGCAAGCUCGAGAAGUCGGAAGAGAGGCACAGUAGCAUGGCAGAAGAUGCCGUGAAGCAAGUCCUUGGCAGCCAAAACAAUCAAGAUGCCCAAUCUGUUGCAUUGCACGCACUGCUUGGCCAGAUGAUGACAAAUGCCUUUGGAAGCCAGUCUUCACCAUCACUUGGGAGUAUACUUUCCGGGAAGCCAAGCACAACUGUAGAUGCAUCCACUAGCAUCAAGGAUGUUGGCAGCCUUAUGGCUUCAAACAGAAAAGCGGCCCUCGUGGUGGAAGGAGGCAAACUAGUUGGUAUCUUUGGCUUCAAGGAUAUGAUGACUCGAGUAGUAGCCAAGGAGUUGCCAUUGGAUACAACUACAGUCUCAUCUGUCAUGACUGAGCAUCCUGAAUCUGUACCACCAGAAAUGACAGUUCUUGAAGCCCUGCAAACAAUGCAUGACCACAAGUUCCUAACACUCCCUGUGUGCUCACAAAGUGGUGAUGUACUUGGUGUCGUAGAUGUCAUUGAUGUCAUCAAUGCAUGUGGGGGUGUGAAUGGCUGGCGGUCAUUGUUCAGCAGUGCCAUGGAAGUUGAUGAUGACGAAUCUGAUGCCGCCUCAGCAGUAAGCUUCUCAAAGAUGGGCAAACCUCAAGCACAGCUUGGCCCAGGAAAUAUGGGUGCCCUCCAAGAAUCAAACCACGAGCGUCCUGUCUCAAUGCUCCGGCCUAGGAAGCCUCUUUGUUCAGAUUCUACAGACAGUAUACUAUCAGUUGCUCAAAUGCUUGCAAGCAAGCGUGGGGAUGCAGCUUUGGUUCUUUCAUCGCGGGGAGGAGUGAGUGGUAUUCUCACAGAUGUGGACAUUACCAGGAGAGCACUUGCCAAAGGACUGGACCCAAGCAUUACCACCGCGAAAGAAGUCAUGACCCCAAACCCAGUGUGUGUCUCUCUCAGUGAUUCAGCAAUGGAUGCCUUGGGGACAAUGAUUGAGAAUCACUUUCGGCAUCUUCCAGUGUUGAAUGAACGGGGCUCAGUUGUUGGCCUUUUGGACAUAGCGAAAUGCCUCAAUGAUGCCAUCACAAAGCUGGAGAAAGCACAGACAAAAAGCAAGGCUGGCAUGACCCAGGAAACCAUUAAGCAGGUCCUUGGCACAACUAGGAAUGGCGAUGCACAUGGCUUAGCCCUUCAGGCACUGCUGGGAGACGUCAUUUCCAAGGUAUUUAGUGAACAGGAAUCAGUUACACUUGAAAGCCUUCUCCAAGGAAAGCCACAAGCAUUUGUAGCUCCAGUAGCCAGUCUUCAAGAAGUUAGCAUGCUCAUGGCAGAACAUCGAAAAUCAGUGCUGGUUGUGGAAAAAGGGAAGCUUUGUGGGAUUUGCAGCUUCAAGGACAUGAUGACACGUGCUGUCGCCAAAGAGCUGCCUCUGAAGACCACAGCUGUGGCAACUGUCAUGACUGAGCAUCCUGAGUUUGUUCCUCCAGAUACAACAGUCCUAGAGGCCUUGCAGAUAAUGCACGACCAUCGGUUUCUUACACUACCUGUCUGCAAAGCCGGUGGACAAGUGGUUGGUGUGGUUGACGUGUUUGAGGUCAUUCUUGCUUGUGGUGGUCAAGAUGGUUGGAGGUCGAUUUUCACAAGUGCAAUGGAAAUAGACGAUGACUCUUCUGAUGCGGGUUCAGUUAGCAGCUUUACAUCUCAGAAAAGGAGAGCUCCAGCCCAGAAACUCCGAGAAGGCAAAAUGGCAGCUGUUCCAGAGUCUACGCAAGAGCGCCCCGUGUCCAAGCUGAGACCAAAGAAACCCUUGAUUUCUGGCGCAGAAGACAGCAUCUUGUCUGUGACUCAAAUGCUUGCCAGUAAGAGAGGUGAUGCUUCCAUUGUUGUGGAUAGCUCUGGAACACUCUCUGGCAUUGUGACAGAUGUGGACAUCACCCGGAGAGUUGUGGCCAAGUCAGUGGAUCCAGCAACCACAAAUGUUGCUGUUGUGAUGACGCAGGAUCCCACUUGUGUAUCCAUGUCUGACUCUGCUAUGGAUGCUAUGGCAACAAUGGUGGAAAAUCACUUCAGACAUCUUCCAGUGCUGGAUGAUAGUGGUUCUGUUGUUGGUGUCUUGGACAUUGCAAAGUGUUUGAACGAUGCCAUCACCAAGCUAGAGAGAUCUGUGGACAAGAGCAGCAAUUCUGUAGAAGAUGUUGUGAAGCAAGUGGUGAAUCAGCAAGGCUCUGGCGGAUCCCAAGCAAUGGCAUUACAGGCAUUACUUGGCCAAGUGAUGUCACAAGCCUUUGGAAACCAAACCUCGCCAACUUUGGGUAGUCUCCUUGCAGGAAAGCCUCCACUGACUGUAGUGUCACCAGAAGCUAGUACAAGAGAAGCAGGUUUGCUGAUGGCCCAACACAGAAAGGCAGCUCUGGUGGUUGAAGAUGGAGUGCUUACAGGGAUCUUUGGCUUCAAGGACAUGAUGAGUAGGGUUGUUGCCAAAGGGCUACCCCCAGAUUCAACCUUUGUGUCUGGUGUGAUGACUGCCAAUCCUGAAUCUGUGUCCAGUGAAAUGACGGUCCUGGAGGCAAUGCAGGUGAUGCAUGACAACAAAUUCCUGACAUUGCCAGUCUGUGGUAACAAUGGCUCUGUCCUGGGAGUUGUUGAUGUGAUGGAUGUGAUUCUAGCAUGUGGGGGGAAGGAUGGGUGGAGAUCUAUUUUUAACAAAACCAUUGAAAUGGAUGAUUUUUCAGACUCUGCUUCAGUCUUCAGCAGAGAAAGCCGAGGAAAAUCUGUAUCUGGCAUGUCAAGGAAUACCCAAUCCACAAAACGGGAGUUGAGAGCUGUGGCAAAGCUGAGACCAAAGAAACCCUUGAUUUCUGGCGCAGAAGACAGCAUCUUGUCUGUGACUCAAAUGCUUGCCAGUAAGAGAGGUGAUGCUUCCAUUGUUGUGGAUAGCUCUGGAACACUCUCUGGCAUUGUGACAGAUGUGGACAUCACCCGGAGAGUUGUGGCCAAGUCAGUGGAUCCAGCAACCACAAAUGUUGCUGUUGUGAUGACACAGGAUCCCACUUGUGUAUCUAUGUCUGACUCUGCUAUGGAUGCUAUGGCAACAAUGGUGGAAAAUCACUUCAGACAUCUUCCAGUGCUGGAUGAUAGUGGUUCUGUUGUUGGUGUCUUGGACAUUGCAAAGUGUUUGAACGAUGCCAUCACCAAGCUAGAGAAAUCUGUUGACAAGAGCAGCACAACUGUAGAAGAUGUUGUCAAGCAAGUGGUAAAUCAGCAAGGCUCUGGUGGAUCCCAAGCAAUGGCAUUACAGGCAUUACUUGGCCAAGUGAUGUCACAAGCCUUUGGAAACCAAACCUCGCCAACUUUGGGUAGUCUCCUUGCAGGAAAGCCUCCACUGACUGUAGUGUCACCAGAAGCUAGUACAAGAGAAGCAGGUUUGCUGAUGGCCCAACACAGAAAGGCAGCUCUGGUGGUUGAAGAUGGAGUGCUUACAGGGAUCUUUGGCUUCAAGGACAUGAUGAGUAGGGUUGUUGCCAAAGGGUUGCCGCCAGAUUCAACAGUUGUGUCUAAUGUUAUGACUGCGAACCCUGAAUCAGUAUCCAACGAAAUGACAGUUCUGGAAGCCAUGCAAACAAUGCAUGACAACAAAUUCCUGACAUUGCCAGUCUGUGGUAAUGAUGGCUCUGUCCUGGGAGUUGUUGAUGUGAUGGAUGUGAUUCUAGCAUGUGGUGGAAAAGAUGGUUGGAGGUCCAUAUUCAAUAAGACUAUGGAGAUGGAUGACCUAUCCGAAACAGCAUCUGUUUAUAGCCGUGAGAGCCGAGGAAAGUCUGUACCUGGGUUUUCAAGAAAGACCCAAUCCACACAAAAGGAUGCAAGACCAGUAUCAAAGCUGAGACCAAAGAAACCCUUGAUUUCUGGCGCAGAAGACAGCAUCUUGUCUGUGACUCAAAUGCUUGCCAGUAAGAGAGGUGAUGCUUCCAUUGUUGUGGAUAGCUCUGGAACACUCUCUGGCAUUGUGACAGAUGUGGACAUCACCCGGAGAGUUGUGGCCAAGUCAGUGGAUCCAGCAACCACAAAUGUUGCUGUUGUGAUGACGCAGGAUCCCACUUGUGUAUCUAUGUCUGACUCUGCUAUGGAUGCUAUGGCAACAAUGGUGGAAAAUCACUUCAGACAUCUUCCAGUGCUGGAUGAUAGUGGUUCUGUUGUUGGUGUCUUGGACAUUGCAAAGUGUUUGAACGAUGCCAUCACCAAGCUAGAGAAGUCUGUGGAUAAGACUAGUGUUGCUGCAGAAGAUGUUGUGAAGCAAGUGGUGAAUCAGCAAGGCUCUAGCGGAUCUCAAGCAUUGGUAUUGCAAGCUUUGCUUGGCCAAGUCAUGUCAAAAGCCUUUGGAAACCAAACCUCACCAACUUUGGGUAGUCUCCUUGCAGGAAAGCCUCCACUGACUGUAGUGUCACCAGAAGCUAGUGCAAGAGAAGCAGGUUUGCUGAUGGCCCAACACAGAAAGGCAGCUCUGGUGGUUGAAGAUGGAGUGCUUACGGGGAUCUUUGGCUUCAAGGAUAUGAUGACCAGAGUAAUUGCCAAUGAGCUUUCACCUGACUCAACACUGGUUUCAGAUGUGAUGACUGCCAAUCCUGAAUCUGUGUCCAGUGAAAUGACAGUACUGGAGGCAAUGCAGGUGAUGCAUGAUAACCGAUUCUUGACCUUGCCAGUUUGUGACAGCAAUGACACUGUAUUGGGUGUUGUUGAUGUGAUGGAUCUGGUUUUGGCCUGUGGAGGGAAGGAAGGUUGGAGAUCCAUCUUUAGCAAUGCACUGGAUAGUGGUAGCAUCAGCGAUGAUGCUUCAGCAUCUGUAUCCAAGGUUGGAGACCUUCCUGUCAUUGCCGCUACUCCCCGCCAAAGGGCUGUGGCUGCACGGUCUACUCCAAGUUCUCCCUUUCCCAACAAUAUCCCUACCACUCUGGAAUUUCGCAUCGAGGAUGACACAAGUACAAUCAACGAUACACGGGUGGAAUCAAAAAGUGUUCUUUCCGUGUCCGAGGGGGCACAGGUUACUUUCAAGGUGGUUGACCCCAAGGGCAAUACUCAUCGUGUUCGAAGUGAUUUGACUGUUGACAAGCUCAUGGCUGCCUUGGCUCAGAAAGGUUUGCCCACAGGAAUCCAGCUCCAGUUUGUGGAUGAUGAAGGAGACACAAUCGUUGUUAGUAGUGAUGAUUGCCUUGCAGAAGCUGCCAGCAUUUCCCGAUCACAAGGCCACAAGGCAAUCAAGCUCACUGCAAAGGAAGUGGGACCAUCAUUGGACCAAAACACGCUAAUGUUGGCUGGUGUUGGUGCAGCUGUGGCUUUUGUUGGAAUUCUAGUUCUUGUGAUGGGCAGGUCCAGGAGAUAG